UUUCUUUAUGUUGAGGUGCAAUCCAUACCGAACGCUGUGGUCUUUGAUCUUCAUUAGUAAGUGCUUCAAGUCCUCUUCACUUUCAGCAAGCGAGGUUGUGUCAUCUGCAUAAUGCAGGUUGUUAAUGAGUCUUCCUUCAAUCCUGAUGCCUCGUUCUUCUUCAUAUAGUCCAGUUUCUCGUAUUAUUUGCUCAGCAUACAGAUUGGAUAGGUAUGGUGAAAGAAUACAACCCUGAUAAACAAAGAAAAUAUUAAAUUGCCAAAGAUUUAAUUUUACUUGGAUCCACAAUCAAUGCCCAUGGAAGCAGCGGUCAAGAAAUCAUGACGCUGAGGCAGAGCAAACAUGGCGCUGUGGACAGAAGCACCAUACUGUCCAUCUGCAGCAAAGACCCAAAAAACUAAGUAAAACAGAUAUAAACAUAGUGGAAGUCAGGGCAUCAUCAAGUAAUAAAAGACUGGUUUAAACUUACGAAGAUAGGGGUAAAAUUCAAGGUAACCACAAAGAAAGUUAACAAAGCUACUCAUCAAAAUAAAGAAGAAAAACAAUGUCGCAGUAAUCAAAAUCUACAAAAAUGAAAGAAAUGGGAAAAAAUUCACAAAUGAAUUCAGCAGAAAGAGUAAGAGGAACAAAGAAAAUGUCAGCAUCACAAAAAAAGCACUACAAAAUGACAGCAGUAAACUCACAUCUAUCAAUAAUCCUAGUGAAUGUAAAUGGCUUAAGUGCACCCAUAAAGAGACAGAGAGUGAAAGAAUGGAUUAAAAAAAAAAAAACAGGACCCAUCAAUAUGCUCUCUAUUAGAGACAUGCCUUAGAAACAAAGACAUAAAUGUAUUUAAAAUCAAAGGGUGAGAAAAAAUAUAUCAGGCAAACAGCAACCAAAAAGGAGUAGGAGUGGCAGUACUAAUCUCAGAUAAAAUAGACUUUAAAACAAAAUCCACCACAAAAGAUAAGGAAAGAUAUUAUGUAACGAUUAAAGGGACAGCCUGCCAUGAGGACAUAAUAAAUAUGUACACACCAAUGACAGGGCUCCAAAAUACCUGAAACAAACUCAAAAGCACUGAAAAGAGAAAUUGACCAGUUCCACAAUAAUAAUAGGAGACUUCAACACACCACUCUUGGUAAAGGACAGACCCCAUCUAUGAAGAAACUCAACAAAGAUACAGAAAACCUAAAAGCCACAAUCAACCAACUUGACCUCAAUAGACAUAUAUAAAACACCCCACCCAACAGCAGCAAAGUGCACAUUCUUUUCCAACAUGCAUGGAACGUUCUCCAGAAUACACCAUGUCUUAGGCCACAAAGCAACCUCAACAAAAUCCAAAACAUUGAGAUAAUACAGAGCAUCUUCUCUGAUCACAAUGCCAUCAAAGUAGAAAUUAAUAACAGGAAGAGCAAGGGGAAAAAAAUGAAAUACAUGGAAACUGAAUAACACCUUGCUUAAAAACCACUGGAAACCCUGGUGGCAUAGUGGUUAAGAGCUACGGGUGCUAACUAAGAGGUCAGCAGUUCAAAUCCGCCAGGCGCUCUUUGGAAACUCUAUGGGCCAAUUCUACUCUCUCCUAUAGGGUUGCUAUGAGUCUGAAUUGACUCAAUGGCAGUGGGUUUGGGUUUUUUUUUUUUUUUUAAAAACCACUAGGUAGAAGAAAUCAAAAAUGGAAUAAAAUUUUCCUAGAAGCAAACAAGAAUGAAAACACAUCAUACCAAUAGCAAUAGAUGCACACAUCAAAAAAAGAAGAAAGGGACAAAAUCAAAACAUUAUCUGUCCAACUCAAACAAACUGAAUAGCAAAAGAAGCCCACAGCCACCAGAAGAAAGGAAAUAGUAAAGAUCAGAGCAGAAAUAGAGAAUAGGAAAACAAUAGAAAGAAUCAACAAAACCAAAAGUUGAUUCUUUGAAAGGAUCAAUAAAAUUGACAAACCAUUGGCCAAAUUCACAAAAGAAAAAUAGGAGAGGACAGACAUAACUGAAAUAAGAAAUGAAAUGGGGGGACAUUACAACAGAUCCAACUGAAAUAAAAACGAUUAUAACAGAGUAGUAUGAAAAACUAUACUCCAAUAAAUUUGAAAACCUGGAGGAAAUGGACAAAUCUCUAGAAACACACUACCUACCUAAACUAACACAAACUGAGGUGGAAAAUGUGAACAGACCCAUAGCAAGAGAAGAGACUGAAAAAGUAAUUUUAAAAACUCCCAACAACAACAAAAAAAAGCCCUGGCCCAGAUGGCUGCGCUAGAGAAUUUUACCAAACAUUCAGAAAAGAGCUCACUCCAGUACUACUCAAAAUAUUUCAGAACAUAGGAAAUGAAGGGAAACCUCCAAAUUCAUUUUAUGAAGCCAGCAUAACCCUGAUACCAAAACCAGGCAAAGACACCACAAAAAAAAAAUUAUAGGCCAAUAUCUCUCAUAAAUAUAGAUGCAAAAAUUCUCAACAAAAUUAUAGCUAAUAGAAUUCAGCAUCAUAUCAAAAAAAUAAUACACCAUGACCAAGUGGGAUUCAUACAAGGUAUGCAAGGAUGGUUCAACAUUAGAAAUCAAUCAAUGUAAUCCACCACAUAUGUAAAAAAGAAUCACAUGAUCACCACAAUCAACGCAGAACAGGCAUUUGAUAAAGUUCAACACCCAUUCCUGAUAAAAACUCUAUAAAAUAGGUAUAGAGGAGAAAUUCCUCAACAUAUAAAGGGCAUCUAUACAAAACCAACAGCCAACAUCAUUCUUAACAGAGAGGCUGAAAACAUUCCCCCUGAGAAUAGGAACAAGACAAGGAUGUCCUUUAUCACCACUCCUAUUUAACAUUGUGCUGGAAGUCCUACUACAGCAGUAGGCAAGAAGAAGAAAUAAAGGGCAUCCAAAUUGCCAAGGAAGAUUUAAAACUAUCCCUAUUUGUGGAUGAUAUGGUAGUAUACAUAGAAAACCCCAAGGACUCCACAAGAAAACUACUGGAACUAAUAAAGAUUCAGCAGAAUUGUAGGAUACAAGGUAAACAUACAAAAAUCAGUUUGAUUUCUGUACACCAAUAAAGAGAACUACAAAAAGAGAAUCAGGAAAGUAACAUCAUUUAUAAUAGCCCCUAAAAAAAUAAAAUACUUAGUAAUAAAUCUAGCCAGGUAUGUAAAAGACCUAUACAAAGAAAAUUACCAAACACUACUGCAAGAAACCAAAUGAGACCUGCAUAAAUGGAAAAACGACAUACCAUGCUCAUGGAUAGGUAAACUCAACGCUGUGAAAAUGUCAAUUCUACCCAAAGCAAUCUACAAAUACAAUACAAUGCCGGUCCAAAUACCAACAGCAUACUUUAACGAGAUGGAAAAACUAAUCAUUAACUUUAUAUGGAAAGGAAAGAGACCCCGGAUAAGUAAAGCACUACUGAAGAAAAAGAAUAAAGUAGGAGGACUCACACUACCUGACCUCAGAAUGUACUAUACAGCUACAGUAGUCAGAACAGCCUGGUACUGGUACAAUGACAGACACUUUGACCAAUAGAACAGAAUUGAGAACCCAGAUGUAAAUUCAUCUACCUAUGGUCCCCUGAUCUUCAACAAGGGCCCAAAGUCCAUUAAAUGGAGGAAAAGACAGUCUUUGCCAGCAAUCGUGCUGGCAAAAUUGGAUGUCUAUCUGUAAAAAAAUUAAACAGGAUCCAUACCUCAGACCAUACACAAAAACUAAUUCAAAAUGGAUCCAAGACCUAAAUAUAAAACCAAAAACUGUAAAGAUCAUAGAAGAAAAAAUAGGAUCAGUGCCAGAGGCCCUGAUACACAGCAUAAAUAGCAUACAAACCAUAAUUAACAAUGCACAAACACCAGAUGAUAAGCUAGUUAACUGGAAUCUUCUAAAAAGAAAUCAAAUGGAUGAGUUGUAUUGGGCAAAUCCUCCAAAAGAUCUCUUUGAAGUGUUAAAAAGCAAAUGUGUCACUUUAAGGACUAAGGCGUGCCUGACUGAAUCCAUGGUGUUUUCAAUCACCUCAUAUGCAUGUCAGAGCUGGACAAUGAAUAAGGAAGAUCAAAGAAGAAUUGAUGCCCUUGAAUUAUGGUAUUGGCGAAGAAUAUCAAAUAUACCCUGAACUGCCGGAAGAAUGAACAAAUCUGUUGUAGAAGGCGUACAGAGAGAAUGCUCCUUAGAAGCAAGGAUGGUGAGACUUCGUCUCACAUACUUUGGGCAUGUUAUCAGGGGAUCAUGUUCUGGAGAGGGACAUCAUGCUUGAAAAAGAGGAAACCCCUCAAUGGGAUGGACUGACACAGUGUCUGCAGCAAUGGGGUCAAACAUAUCAAUGAUUGUGAGGAUGGUGCAGGACGGGGCAGUGUUUCACUCUGUUGUACAUAGGGUUGCUAUGAGUCAGAACCAACUUGACAGCACCUAACAACAACAUCAGAUACACCAUAUCAAUAGGAUAAAGGACAAAAACAACAUGAUCUUCUAAAUAAAUGGAGAAAAAGCAUUUGACAAACUCCCACAAUGUUUUAUGAUAAACACUCAACAAACUAAGAAUAAAAGGGACUUCCUCAUCCUGAUAAAGGGCAUCUAUAAAGAACCUACAGUUAGCAUCAUACUUAAUGGUGAAAGACUGGAUGCUUUCCCUUAAGAUCGGGAACAAGACAAGGAUGCCACUUGUAUUAGACACUGUACUGAAGGUUCUAGCCAUGAAAAUUAGGCAAGAAAGAGAAAUAAGAGGUAUCCACAUUGGAAAGAAAGAAAACUAUUCAUAGAUGGCAUGAUCUUGUAUAGAGAAAAACCUAAAGAAUCCACUAAAAACCUAUUAGAAAUAAUAAGUUCAGCAAGGUUGCAGGAUACAAGAUCAAUAUACAAAAAUCAAUUGUUCUUUUAUACACUUGCAAUGAACGACCCAAAAAUUUAAUUUAGAAAGCAAUUCCACUUACAAUAGAAUCUGAAAGAAUAAAAUACAAAUAAAUUUAACGAAUUGAAAAACAAAUACUCUGAAAACUACAAAAUGUUGAAAAAAUUAAAGAUGUAAAUAAAUGUAAAAAUAUCUCAUGUUCAAGGACUAGAAGACUUAAUAUCAUUUAGAUAACAAUACACCCCAAAUUGAUCUACAGAUUUAAUGCAAUCCACAACAGAAUAUUAGCUGGUUUCUUUCUAGAAAUUGACAAAGGGUUUCUAAAAUCAUAUGAGAUCUAAAGGGGCACAGAAUAGCCAAAACCUUGGAAAGGAAGAACAAAGUUGGAGAACCCACAUUUUCAAAUUUCAAAACUUACUAGAAAGCUAUAGUAAUCAAAACAGUGUGCUAGCUCACUCCAAGGAAUAAAACCAGCAGCAGCCUUUAGUUGGCCUAAAGGUCUGCGCCUACCGCCAGGUGGACUCGCUUUACCGCCAAGAAUUUGUGGGGAGGUGGGGUCGCUCCCGGGCCAGCCCCUGCUUCAGCCAAUAGCAGCCAGGACUAGCCACCCUGGGCUCAUAGGGACCAAUCCCGGGGUGGAGGAGUCCUUGCUCGAGACUCCUUUACCACCUCUCGGCCAACCCUCAGGAAAGUGAAAUUGAUCGCUGGAAAACUCCAGCAAGACGGCCCAGCGGUGAUUAACGCUGCGCUGGCGCAAAGGGUUUUCUACCCCACCAGCCUCCAGAGUCACAGAUCCAGCCCCCCCGAGCUUCGCAAACUCGCGGCCCUCGAGCUGCUCCUGGCCACUCUUGCCCAUGGCGCUGGCGGAGCUGUACACCCAGUACAACAGGGUUUGGAUUCCGGAUCCUGAAGAAGUUUGGAGAUCUGCCGAAAUAGCCAAGGACUACAGAGUUGGUGAUAAAGCCCUGAGGCUGCAGCUGGAGAAUGGCACGGAGCUGGAUUAUCCCAUUGAUCCAGAAUCUCUGCCACCACUUCGGAAUCCUGACAUCCUCGUGGGUGAGAAUGACCUCACUGCACUUAGUUAUCUCCAUGAGCCCGCGGUGCUCCACAACCUCAGGAUCCGCUUUGCAGAGUCCAAACUCAUUUACACCUAUAGUGGAAUCAUUUUGGUGGCCAUGAAUCCUUACAAGCAGCUGCCCAUAUAUGGAGAUGCCAUCAUCCAUGCUUACAGUGGGCAGAACGUGGGCGAUAUGGACCCGCACAUAUUUGCCGUGGCUGAAGAGGCAUACAAGCAGAUGGCCAGAAACAAUAAAAAUCAGUCAAUAAUUGUAAGUGGGGAGUCGGGUGCUGGGAAGACGGUGUCAGCACGCUAUGCCAUGAGGUACUUUGCCACUGUCAGCAAGUCAAGCAGUAACGCUCAUCUGGAGGACAAAGUUCUGGCAUCCAAUCCCAUAACUGAGGCUAUUGGAAAUGCCAAGACCACCCGCAAUGACAACAGCAGUCGGUUUGGGAAAUACACAGAAAUCAGUUUUGAUGAAAGGAAUCAGAUUAUAGGAGCCAACAUGAGAACUUACCUGCUGGAGAAAUCCAGAGUUGUCUUUCAAUCAGAAAAUGAACGCAAUUACCACAUUUUCUAUCAGCUUUGUGCAUCUGCGAAGCAGCCAGAAUUUAAACAUCUUAAGCUGGGGAGUGCAGAAGAAUUUAAUUAUACAAGAAUGGGAGGCAGUACUGUCAUUGAGGGUGUGAAUGACAGAGCUGACAUGGCUGAGACCCAGAAGACCUUUGCGUUGCUGGGUUUCAAGGAGAAUUUUCAGAUGGAUAUUUUUAAGGUCCUGGCAGCCAUCCUACACCUGGGCAAUGUGCAGAUCACAGCAGUGGGCCACGAGAGGUCCUCAGUCAAUGAGGACGACUGUCACCUGAAGGUGUUCUGUGAGCUCCUGGACCUGGAGAUGGGCAAAGUGGCUCAGUGGCUGUGCAAUCGCAAGAUUGUCACCACCCCUGAGACGGUGGUGAAACCCAUGACCAGGUCCCAGGCUGUCAACGCCAGGGACGCGCUGGCCAAAAAGAUCUACACCCACCUGUUCGACUUCAUUGUGGAGAAGAUUAACCAAGCAUUGCAGUUUUCAGGCAAGAAGCACACUUUUAUUGGUGUUUUGGACAUUUAUGGUUUUGAAACCUUUGAUGUGAACAGCUUUGAACAGUUUUGCAUCAAUUAUGCUAAUGAAAAAUUGCAACAGCAGUUUAACCUGCACGUCUUUAAACUUGAACAAGAAGAGUAUAUGAAGGAAGGUAUCCCUUGGACGCUGAUAGAUUUUUAUGACAACCAACCAGUUAUUGACCUGAUUGAAGCAAAAAUGGGCAUUUUGGACUUACUGGAUGAAGAAUGCUUGCUCCCACAUGGAACUGACGAAAACUGGCUUCAAAAGCUGUAUAAUAAUUUUGUCAGCAAAAACACCUUGUUUGAAAAACCCAGAAUGUCCAGUACAUCUUUCAUCAUCCAGCACUUUGCUGAUAAGGUAGAGUAUAAAUGUGAAGGUUUCCUUGAGAAGAACAGAGACACCGUCUAUGACAUGCUGGUUGAAAUACUGAGAACAAGCAAGUUUCACCUCUGUGCCAAUUUUUUUAAAGAAAAUCCAGUUCCGUCUUCCCUGUUUGGUUCAACGAUCACAGUUAAAUCUGCAAAACAAGUCAUCAAGCCAAACAGCAAGCAUUUCCGGACCACAGUUGGGACCAAGUUCCGCAGCUCUCUGAACUUACUUAUGGAGACCCUCAAUGUGACCACACCCCACUACGUCCGGUGCAUCAAGCCAAACGAUGAGAAAUUAUCCUUUGACUUUAACUCCAAAAGAAUUGUUCAGCAGCUGCGAGCCUGUGGUAUUCUGGAGACGAUUCGCAUUGGUGCCCAGAGCUACCCUUCCAGGUGGACAUACAUUGAGUUCUAUAGUCGCUAUGGUAUCCUCAUGACCAAGCAGGAGCUUUCCUUCAGUGAUAAAAAAGAGGUGUGCAAAGUGGUUUUACACAGGCUCAUCCAGGAUUCCAAUCAGUACCAGUUUGGUAAAACCAAAAUUUUCUUCAGAGCAGGACAAGUGGCUUACUUAGAGAAACUCCGAUUGGAUAAACUGAGGCAGGGUUGUGUUGUGAUACAAAAGCAUAUCCGUGGCUGGCUCCAGAGGAAAAAGUUCCUUCGAGAGAGACAAGCUGCCCUAAUAAUCCAGCAGUACUUCCGGGGUCAGCAAACUGUGAGGAAAGCUAUUACUGCAACGGCCUUAAAAGAAGCGUGGGCAGCCAUCAUCAUUCAGAAGUACUGUCGUGGAUAUCUUGUUCGCAAUUUGUACCAGCUUAUUCGUAUGGCCAUCAUUGCGAUCCAGGCCUACACCCGGGGAUUCCUGGCAAGGAAGCAAUAUCAAAAGAUGCUUGAGGAACAUAAGGCUGUGAUCCUUCAGAAACAUGCCCGGGCAUGGCUGGCCAGACGCAGAUUCCAGAAUAUCCGGAGAUUUGUGCUAAACAUUCAGCUUACUUAUAGGGUCCAGUGUUUGCAGAAAAAGUUGGAAGAUCAGAACAAAGAGAGCCAUGGGUUGGUAGAGAAGCUGACCAGCCUGGCUGCUCUUCGGGCCAGUGACAUGGAGAAGAUUCAGAAACUGGAACUGGAACUGGAAAGAGCAGCCACCCACAGGCAAAACUAUGAGGAGAAGGGGAAGAGAUACAAGGACACUGUGGAAGAGAAAUUGGCAAAGCUUCAGAAGCAUAAUUCAGAACUGGAAAUACAAAAACAGCGAAUACAAUUGAAGCUUCAAGAGGAGACUGAAGAGUUGAAAGAGAAAAUGGACAACCUCACCAAGCAGCUCUUUGAUGAUGUGCAAAAAGAAGAACGACAAAGAAUACUUCUUGAAAAAAGUUUUGAACUGAAAACUCAAGACUAUGAGAAGCAGAUUUGGUCUUUGAAAGGAGAAAUUCAAGCUCUCAAGGACGAGAAGAUGCAACUCCACCAUCAACUGGAGGAAGAGCGCGUCACCUCUAGUGGCUUGAAGGGGGAAGUGGCCCAACUGAGCAAGCAGACAAAGAUAGUCUCUGAGCUCGAAAAGGAGAUAGAGCUACUUCAGACACAGAAGAUAGAUGUGGAAAAACAUGUGCAGUCACAGAAACGGGAAAUGAGAGAAAAGAUGUCAGAGAUCACAAAACAACUUCUUGAAAGCUAUGAUAUUGAAGGCGUAAGAAGCAGGCUCUCUGUGGAGGAUUUGGGACAUUUAAAUGAAGAUGGAGAACUUUGGUUUGCUUAUGAAGGCCUAAAGAAAGCAACCCGUGUUUUGGAGAGUCAUUUCCAGUCCCAGAAGGAUUGCUAUGAAAAGGAAAUUGAAGCUUUGAAUUUCAAAGUGAUGCAUCUAAGUCAAGAAAUCAACCACCUGCAAAAAUUCUUUAGAGAAGAGAAUGACAUCAAUGAAAGUAUCCGUCAUGAAGUUACCAGGCUAACAUCAGAAAACAUGAUGAUUCCAGGCUUUAAACAGCAAAUUGCAGAACUGGAGAAACAGAAGCAAGAUCUUGAAAUCCGCCUGAAUGAACAAACUGAAAAAACAAGAGGAAAACUGGAGGAAUUGUCUCAUCAGUUGAAUCGCAGUUGUGAAGAGGCAGGGACACAGAGAAGAAUCAUAGAGGUCCAAAGUGAAAUACACACCAAAGAGAAAGAGAAGUUCAUCGGUAAGAUUCAAGAAAUGGAGGAGGUCACCGAACAAUUAAAGAAACAGUUUGAAACUGAGAGCGAAGUCAAAAGUAGUUUCCUGCAGGAAGUAUCCCGCCUCACCGUGGAAAACAGAAAUCUUGAAGAAGAGUUAGACAUGAAGGACAGAGUGAUUAAAAAGCUACAAGAUCAAGUCAAGACUCUAACCAAGACAACUGAAAAAACCAAUGAUGUGCACUUGUCCCCUGGACCCAAAGAGUACCUUGGAAUGCUGGAAUACAAGAGGGAAGAUGAGGCCAAGCUCAUUCAAAACCUCAUUCUCGACUUGAAGCCUCGCGGUGUGGUGGUGAACAUGAUCCCUGGGCUGCCAGCUCACAUCCUGUUCAUGUGUGUACGCUACGCAGACUCCCUGAAUGACGCCGAUAUGCUAAAGUCCCUCAUGAACAGCACCAUUAAUGGCAUCAAGCAAGUGGUUAAGGAACAUCUAGAAGACUUUGAGAUGCUGUCCUUUUGGCUCUCCAAUACUUGUCAUUUUCUCAAUUGUCUGAAGCAAUACAGUGGGGAAGAGGAAUUCAUGAAGCAUAACAGUCCAUGUCAGAAUAAGAACUGCUUGAGAAAUUUUGACCUGUCAGAAUACAGACAAAUUCUUAGUGAUGUGGCUAUACGAAUAUAUCACCAGUUCAUUAUUAUAAUGGAAAAUAACAUUCAACCAAUAAUAGUGCCAGGCAUGCUGGAAUAUGAGAGUCUGCAGGGCAUUUCUGGCCUGAAGCCCACAGGCUUCUGGAAGCGGUCAUCCAGCAUAGAUGACACAGAUGCCUACACAAUGACCUCUGUCCUGCAGCAGCUAAGCUACUUCUACAGCACCAUGUGCCAGAAUGGCCUAGACCCCGAGCUCGUGAGGCAGGCUGUGAAGCAGCUCUUCUUCUUGAUUGGGGCAGUGACCCUGAACAGCCUCUUCCUACGCAAGGACAUGUGUUCCUGCAGAAAAGGGAUGCAGAUAAGGUGCAAUAUCAGCUACUUAGAAGAAUGGCUUAAAGAUAAGAAUUUGCAGAACAGCUUAGCCAAGGAAACUUUGGAACCUCUCUCCCAGGCAGCCUGGCUGCUUCAGGUCAAGAAAACCACAGACAGAGACGCCAAGGAGAUCUACGAACGCUGUACCUCACUGUCUGUUGUGCAGAUCAUAAAGAUCCUUAAUUCAUACACACCUAUAGACGACUUUGAGAAAAGGGUGACUCCAUCCUUCGUUCGCAAAGUACAGGCUCUCCUAAAUAGUCGAGAGGAUUCAUCGCAGCUGAUGUUGGAUACCAAAUAUCUUUUUCAAGUCACAUUUCCUUUUACCCCCUCCCUACAUGCUCUAGAAAUGAUCCAGAUCCCCAGCAGUUUCAAGCUGGGUUUUCUCAAUAGAUUAUAGCAGAAGAAAACACAGUAAAUGCAUUUUUCUCUCAAAAACUAAGUGAAGGUCAAACAUGAUGUUUAUUAAUCAAAACUGGAAAUGCUUUGUAAUGUAAUUUAAGGAAGAAAAUAAGGCUCUCCCAGAUGGACCUAUUCAUCCUAUUUCUUGCCAGCCACACCUUCCCUUCAUUCAUGGUGGCAAUGCUGCUGCUACAACUUGCAAGAAUUAACAAGUACCACCUGCGACUGGAAAGGCCACUUAGCUUUGGAAUCUGAGCCAGCUUUCGUUGGAAUUCCUGGAAGGCUUCUAUUUUCUUCCAGGUGCCUCUUGGUUCAGAUAGGUCUUGUGACAGGGCCCCACUGAGAGGGAGGGAUUCUGGGGACACAGCAUCUCCCAAGUCUCAUGUGAAGCGAAGGUACGUUUAUGAAACCACAGGGGGCUCCAGGCUGAGGCUUACAGGAAAUACACCCAUUUGGCCACCAUGUUCUUGUUAGAUGCCAUCAAGUCGGUUCCGACACAUAACAACCCUAGGCACGACAGAACAAAACACUGCCUGGUCCUGCGCCAUCCUCACAAUCACUGUUGUACUUCAGCCCAUCGUUGCAGCCACUGUGUCAGUCCAUCGCAUUGAGGGUCUUCCUCUUUUCGCUGACCCUCUACCAAGCAUGAUGUCCUUCUCCAGUGGCUGGUCCCUCCUGAUAACAUAUCCAAAGUAUGUCACACGAAGUCUUGCCAUCCUUGGUUCUAAGGAGCAUUCUGGCUAUACUUUACCAAGACAUAUUUGUUCUUUCUUCAGGCAGUCCAUGGUAUAUUCAAUAUUCACCAGCAACAUAAUUCAAAGGCAUCAAUUCUUUU